AUGAACUCGGAAACCUACGAUAGAAUCGCUAUAAUCACUGCGACGCAGAAGAGACUCGACGUUAAGACCCAACUAUCCUUUAACAAACUUCGAGUCAAACUUUUCGAAAAAGAGACUGAAAUAACGAAUAUAAACAGGACACUCUCCGAAACCCAGAACGAAGCAGAGAUAUUGCGGACCGAAUGGGUCAAGUCGAAAGAUGCAGAGAGCCAACUGGCCAAGAUGAUCUCAGAACUCCACGUUAGAAUCGCUAGAACCACUGUGACGCAGAAGGGAAUCGACGUCGAGACUGCAGCAAAACUCUCAGCAAUGGAAACAAAACUUGAAACCCUAAAGGAACUAGAGAAGUUACGGACCGAAUUGAACAAGUCGAAAGAUGCAGAGAGUCGACUGGCGCAGGUGAACUCGGAAACCUCCGAUAGAAUCGCUAGAAUCACUGCGAGGCAGAAGAGACUCAACGUUAAGACCCAAAUAUCCUUCAGCAGACUUCGAGUCGAACUUUCCGAAAAAGAGACUAAAAUAACAAAUAUAAAUAGGACACUCUCAGAAACCCAGAAGGAACUGGUGAAGUUACGAACCGAAUUGAACAAAUCAAAAGAUGCAGAGAGUCGACUGGCGCAGAUAAACUCGGAAACCUACGAUAGAAUCGCUAGAAUCACUGCGAGGCAGAAGAGACUCAACGUUAAGACCCAAAUAUCCUUCAGCAAACUUCGAGGCAAACUUUCCGAAAAAGAGACUCAAAUAACGAAUAUAAUUAGGACACUCUCAGAAACCCAGAAGGAUCUGGAAAAGUUACGAACCGAAUUGGUCAAGUUGAAAGAUGCAGAGAGCCGACUGGCGCAUAUGAAUGUCGAACUCAACGAUAAACUCGCUAGGACCGAAGCUGCACUUACUGCCAAACAAAAAGCUCUUGACGAUGCCCACGCCAAGCUGGAAAGACAGGAAAUAGAUACUCCUUGUAUUAUUUGUCUAGAUUCCGAUAAGAACGCUGCUAUGGUGCCUUGCGGACACACAAGCACAUGUUACACUUGCUCUCUGAAAUUCUACAGAAAAGACAAUGCGAAGUGCCCAUAUUGUCGUCAAUUGAUUGAACGAAUUCUUAAAAUUUAUAAAUUUGUCAAGUCAGAAGAUGCAAAGAGUCAACUGACGCAGGAGAACCAAGAACUCUACGGUAUUAUUGCUGAAUUAAAUGCAACGCAGGAGAGACAUGACACUGAGACUCAAAUGUCAAUGAACAAACUUCGAGACAAAAUUUCCGAAAAGAAUACUGAAACACUAAAAGCAAACAGGAAACUCACAGCAACGGAAACAAAACUUAGCACGACCGAAGCUGCACUUAUUGCUAAACAAAGAGCUCUUGAGGAUGCCCAAGCCAAGCUGAAAAGACGGGAAACAGAUACUCCUUGCAUUAUUUGUUCAGAUUCCGAUAAGAACUCUGCUCUGCGACUAUACUUUACAGAAACCCUGAAGGAACUAGAGAAGUUACGGACCGAAUUGAACAAAUCGAAAGAUGCAGAGAGUCGACUGGCGCAGGUGAACUCGGAAACCUCCGAUAGAAUCGCUAGAAUCACUGCGAGGCAGAAGAGACUCAACGUUAAGACCCAAAUAUCCUUCAGCAGACUUCGAGUCGAACUUUCCGAAAAAGAGACUAAAAUAACAAAUAUAAAUAGGACACUCUCAGAAACCCAGAAGGAACUGGUGAAGUUACGAACCGAAUCGAACAAAUCAAAAGAUGCAGAGAGUCGACUGGCGCAGAUAAACUCGGAAACCUACGAUAGAAUCGCUAGAAUCACUGCGAGGCAGAAGAGACUCAACGUUAAGACCCAAAUAUCCUUCAGCAAACUUCGAGGCAAACUUUCCGAAAAAGAGACUCAAAUAACGAAUAUAAAUAGGACACUCUCAGAAACCCAGAAGGAUCUGGAAAAGUUACGAACCGAAUUGGUCAAGUUGAAAGAUGCAGAGAGCCGACUGGCGCAUAUGAAUGUCGAACUCAACGAUAAACUCGCUAGGACCGAAGCUGCACUUACUGCCAAACAAAAAGCUCUUGACGAUGCCCACGCCAAGCUGGAAAGACAGGAAAUAGAUACUCCUUGUAUUAUUUGUCUAGAUUCCGAUAAGAACGCUGCUAUGGUGCCUUGCGGACACACAAGCACAUGUUACACUUGCUCUCUGAAAUUCUACAGAAAAGACAAUGCGAAGUGCCCAUAUUGUCGUCAAUUGAUUGAACGAAUUCUUAAAAUUUAUAUAUGAACUCGCAUAAGGAAAGCCAAUACAUGAUUUUCCUUGAUCAGUACCCGAAAUGAGUUGUAAGCAUGCUUUGAAAUUGUUUUCAGACUCUAUGGGUUAGUGGGAUCGGUCAAUUAC